AUGGCUAAUUCUAAAUAUGAAUAUGUGAAAGCAUUUGAAAAAGAGAAUUAUUUAUUACCUGAUACAUAUAUUGUUAUACGAGUUGAUGGAAAAGGAUUUCACAAAUUUUCAAAAUAUUAUAAUUUUGAGAAACCAAAUGAUUUAAAAGCAUUGACAGUAAUGAAUAAAGCAGCUUUGAAAAUACUAGAGAAAUAUAGUGAUAUAUUAAUGGCAUAUGGAGACUCGGAUGAAUAUAGUUUUCUACUACGGAAAAAGUGUGAACUAUAUGAAAGAAGAGAAAUGAAAUUAUGUACACUAUUUGCAAGUUUAAUGUCAACUUAUUAUAUGUUUUAUUGGAAUAAAGAAUGUCCAAACAGACAAAUUGAAGAAGAAAUGAUACCCACAUUUGAUGGUAGAGCAGUAAUAUAUCCAAAUUUUGAAACACUAAGAGAUUAUUUCAGCUGGAGACAAGUUGAUUGUCAUAUAAACAAUUUAUAUAAUACAACUUUUUGGAAUUUAGUUAAAAAGGGUUUAACACCACAAGAAGCUGAACAAAAAUUAAUGGGAACUGUAUCAUCUGAUAAAAAUGAAAUACUUUUCAAAGAAUGUAAUAUCAAUUAUAAUAAUGAAUUAGAAAUAUUUAAAAAAGGUACAAUACUAGUUAGAGAAUAUGAAAAUUAUAAACAACAAUCAAAUGAACAAUCUUUAAGUUCAAGACAAAAACAAAGACAAGAUAAAUCAAGAAAGAAGGCCGAAAUUAAACAAUAUCAUGUAGAUAUAAUUAAUGAUGAUUCAUGGUGGGAUCAAAGACCCUGGUUAAUAGAAUAA